AUGUAUGGUGCCUUAUGGAUACUGCUCCUUCUCUUUAUGCAGCUUUUGGCAGAAGGACAGGGAUGGGACGAGCAGUCAGAUCGAAACAAUAUGCUCGGUGCGCGAUAUUACGACGGCAAGAAGAUUGUGUUACCAGUCUCCGAGGAUGCAAUGCGAGAUUUGCUAAAUCACUGGCUCCAUCAAGCUACUGGAAGCUUUAUGUCUGCAUUUGCCAAUAACAAAAUUAACAAGUUCGUUAUGAACCUUCCUUAG